AUGAUCUAUGUGUUCUCUCAGUCGUACAUGAUCGAUACUGUAGCCCACUCCCCGGCUCCAUCAAAGCUCAGUGGAGGUGGUGAGGGAUCACUGGACCGGCUUCUCCCCGUGGUAACCACAGGCCUUUCGCCAAGGAAACGGACCACCAGCCAGUGCAAGUCUGAGCCCCCUCUCCUACGCACCUCCAAAAGAACCAUCUACACCGCCGGCCGCCCCCCCUGGUACAACGAGCAUGGAGCACAGUCCAAAGAGGCCUUCGUCAUUGGUCUGUGUGGCGGCAGCGCUUCAGGAAAGACAACCGUAGCCAGGAAAAUAAUUGAAGCUCUAGAUGUGCCAUGGGUUGUCUUACUCUCAAUGGACUCUUUCUACAAGUGUCCUCCGCAGAAAACUGUGUAUGGAGCCAGUGUUAUCAUCUUCGAGGGAAUCAUGGCCUUCGCCGAUAAAAAGCUCUUGCAGCUGCUGGACAUGAAGAUCUUUGUGGACACAGACUCUGACAUCCGGCUGGUGCGUCGGUUGAGGAGAGACAUCACAGACCGAGGCCGAGACAUCGAGGGCGUCAUCAAACAGUACAACAAGUUUGUAAAGCCAGCGUUUGAGCAGUACAUUGAACCCACCAUGCGGCUGGCUGAUAUUGUGGUGCCACGGGGCGGUGGCAACAUGGUGGCCAUCGAUUUGAUUGUGCAGCAUGUCCACAGUCAGCUGGAGGAGCGCGAGCUCAACGUCAGAGCAGCACUGGCUUCUGCACACCAGGCCCAACCCCUCCCCCAGACCCUCAGUGUUCUGGACAGCACACCCCAGGUUAAGGGCAUGCACACCAUCAUCAGAAACAAGGAAACCAGCCGCGAUGAGUUCAUCUUCUACUCCAAGAGGCUGAUGCGUCUGCUGAUUGAGCGAGCACUCUCCUUCCUCCCCUCGCAGGUCCACUUAGUGCAGACCCCCCAGGGAGAGGAUUAUGAAGGCAGGACUUUUGACGGGAGGAGGAUCACAGGCGUGUCCAUCCUGCGCGCCGGGGAGACCAUGGAGCCCGCUCUGAGGGCGGUGUGCAAAGAUGUCCGCAUCGGCAAAAUCCUCAUCCAAACCAACCAGGACACAGGAGAACCAGAGCUUCAUUACCUGCGUCUACCAAAAGAAAUCAGUGAAGACCACGUGGUCCUGAUGGACUGCACUGUGUCCACGGGAGCUGCUGCCAUGAUGGCUGUGCGAGUCCUCCUGGACCAUGACGUUCAGGAGAACAAGAUCCUGCUCGUGUCCUUGCUAAUGGCAGAGAUGGGAGUCCAUUCGGUGGCGUACGCAUUCCCACAGGUCAAAAUCAUCACCACUGCUGUCGACAAGAAAGUCAACGACCUCUUCCACAUCAUACCUGGCAUUGGAAACUUUGGGGAUCGAUACUUUGGAACAGAUGCACCCCCCGACUGGAGCGACGAAGAGAUGGAUGAGCCCAGUUAUUGAUUGCAUUUUUAGCAGUGUACUAAGUUAUUAGGUGAUUCAGAGCCGUGCAUUUCGGAGGACAGUAUGAGGACGUACCCUUUGCUGCUGUUGGGCUGUAACGUGUCCUCCAAACCAAACCAGGGGCCCUGACAAAUCAACUGAAACAGAACAAAACAUUGCUUUGUACAGUCACCUUGUUUGAAUUUUAAAGUAUAUUAUUUUAUCUCAUGUAAAUGCUGUUGUGAAGUGAGUUAUUUUUACAUGUUGUCCAAAUAUUUUAUUUUACUUUUUAAAUUAAUGCAAUCUCUGAAACUUGCUGGCAUGUUGCUUCGAAAAUAAAUCUUUAGCCUUAAGCCGUGUACUGUAGACGACACACUGAAUGUGAAUUUGCACGUGCCGUAAAAGGAAAAGACAUCAAGCUUUUAAGGUUAUUUUAAACCAUAUACCUUCCUCACAACUUUCUCAAAAGUAAAAUCGGAACAUGAACUUGUGUUGCUCAACUUCCAUCGCCGUAGGCACUUUCUGAAGACCAUUCGAUCGAAACAAUGCGUGGGUGUAGCCGUCUUUCUUUCAGCUCUCUGGUUCACACUUUUUCCACUUUGUGAAUGCUGACCCAACCAGUUAGGUUAGAAAAGCCUUUUUCAUUUUACAGCCAAAAGUAUGUGCUGUAUAUUUAUGCAGCAUAUCAUUCAUUUACAUAUUUCUAUGUAUAGACCUGACCAGUCAGCAGGCCAGUUAUGUAUCUUUUUAGCUGCAAUGAAAAUAGGUCAUCUGCAUUCAAUAAAAACCGAUUUAGUGUUUAUUUCAGUGCAACCCCUCCUGAUGAAUGCCUCUGUAUGUGCUGCAGUAGCUGGCAUUCGUUGGUAUAAAAGGGGGCUGUUGAGUCAGGGAUGCAUAUGAACUCAGAACAUCUACAUGUCCUGUCAGUGCCUGAUAUUUAUACUUAGUAUAAGUAUUACAAUUAAUGAGAUCGGUCUGUUAAAGUUGGUGCCCCUUUAUUUUGUUUUAAAUGUUUGCCAGGGUUUGUUCGCACUCCACAAUGUUGGUUCAUUUGGUUACUGUAUUUGAACUGUUGCAAUGAGAAAGAGGAAUGUUGAAUAUUCAUUUUGAAAUUGAAAUGUAGUUUCAUUAAUAGGAUCUUCAACAAGUUCACAAUUAAUUAUAAUUAUGAUGUAUUGCAUAAUUUGUUUACAAAAAAAUCAUUAUAUAGGCCUUUAUAUAUAAAUAUAUGAUAAUUUAAAAAGUUAUUUAUUUUUACUUUUUCUUUUUGCAUUUCUUUGACAAAAAAAAAUGUACACCCUUAAGGGGAAACAAAUACAAACGUGAAAAUGCAACUUGUAGCCAAGUUAGCUACAAGCACUGUUACUACUGUCAGCUCACCAUUAGCAUUUCUCCAUGCAGUCACCUGCCACUGUGCGCCGGUUACUGCUGAAUACAACUGUCAGUGAGACAUUGAACUGAACAUUCAUCCAUUGUGUUUGCAGCCUGUUUGACUGCGUGUUGUUAUGUGUUUACUGCUGCUGCAUGUUUUUAUAUGUUAAAUAAAAGUGCAGUUUAGCUUUUUAAAUGGC